GAGGCCGGUGAGGGGCGAUAGGAAGUGGAUAGAGCGAGUUGAGAAGCAAGCAAAGGGGGUGAGGUCGGCGAGCGGCGAGAGGUGAGACCGUGGACCGGGGCUGAUUACGGCUGUAUUUUUCUCACGGCGGCGCGAGGUUCCCGUCAUGGCGUCGGUCACUUUAGCCACCUCGGAAUGGAUUAGUUUCUUCAAGGAAGCCGGAAUCCCCACCGGGCCGGCUGUUAACUAUGCGGUGACGUUUGUGGAUAACAGGAUCCAGAAGAACAUGCUGAUGGAUCUGACCAAGGAAAUCAUUAACGAGUUGGGGAUAACGGCCGUGGGCGACGUCAUUGCCAUCCUGAAACACGCCAAGAUCGUCCACAGACAGGAUAUCUGUAAAGCCAUGACGGAAACUCCGAGUCAGAACAGCAUGCAGGCAGAACUGCGCCGCAGCGCCAACAGCCCCGCCACGAGAAUGAUCGCUAAUAGCUUGAGCCGGGACUCUCCGCCAUCGACGCCGGUCCGCAGACCGGACACCAACACAUCCAAGAUCUCCGUCACGGUGUCUAACAAGGUGGCUUUGAAGAACGCGCCUGCAGUGUUGUCGCCCCCGUCUGAUGACGGUCCUGAUGGGGCAGUAAAACGCAGGAGAGUGACGGCGGAGAUGGAAGGGAAGUACGUUAUUAACAUGCCUAAAGGCACCACGCCGAGGACCAAGAAAAUCCUCGAGGAGCAGGCAGCCAGAGGCGGGGCGAGGACGUCCGUUUUCGACAGACUGGGAGCUGAAAGUAAAGCCGACGCGACUUCAUCCAGUAAACCCACCGGCGUCUUCAGCCGUUUAGGAGAGGCACGCCAGGAAGAGCCUCCGGCUGAGAGUGAUGAGGAUGGCAGCGUCCUGCAGUACGCGGGAGUCCUGAAGCGGAAGCCGGCUUCCAGAGAGAAGAUCGUUCCCGGCGUGACGAUCAAGGCCAGAGCCACCAGCUCCGAACCCAAGCCCGCCAUCACCACGAUGAGACGCCUGGCCAUCAAACCGCCGGCUACCGCGCCGGCUAAACUCUCCACAACCAAAAGCAGCAUGGCUCACCGGCUGGGCGCCGCGCCGCUGCCGGAUCUGGACGCCGAGAAGGGGAAAAAGCCCAAGGUAACGCCGCUAGCCCACCGUCUGGGGAAGCAGCCGACGGCCGCUCAGGAUAGCAAAGUCACCAGCACCAAGCCGCCGCCGUUCAGAGUCACCAUCAAGAGGACUAUUGGGAACGGCAAGGUGAGCAGCACCUGCGACAGCAGCAGCAACGCGCAGAUGGACAACGCCAACAACGUCAGCGUCUUCAAGCGGCUGGGGAGGAAAUCGGUAUGAGGGCCGUUUAAAGAGCUUUUAGAGACUGUCUCGCUCGUAGCGGGGGGCUGACACGGGGCGCCCCGAUCUCUCGCCUGUCCGGCGCCCCCGCAGCUGAGGUUUACUUGCCAUGUAGUUUUUAAGGCCCCCGGAUCUUUCGCAAACGAAGCGGAGUGACUUUUCCGACACCCUAUUUAUUACGCCGAUAAAAAUAGGUUCUAGGAAGGUUUCUGCAGCCUUUUUUUAUUAAAUAUUUUGCUAGAACGUUACACGUGUUUGGCGUGUUUUUCCCAGCGCUCGGUUUUGUCGGUCAGGGGCCUGAUUACGGCGGCUGAGGGCCGGUUGUUUGGGGCCAAACUGUGCCGAUGACCGUUCUCCCUCUAUAUAUAUCGUAUAAGCUGGGAAGCCUGACCUGGAUACUCCUCGCCUGAUAUAAACC